AUGACACUGAAUCGAACACUCUCUGAGAAGAUCGGCUCGGUAUCUGUCCCGUACGAGGUCUUCUUGCGCAUCGUCGAAGCGCUUAUCGAGGACAUUUUUGACUGGGAAGAGCCAGUCGAUUGGGAUCUCAGAUACCAAUAUGAUUCCUCGUCCAGGAUUUUCGUCCAGGAAAAUCGUGAACGAUAUGGAUUCUUCCCGACGAACUCACAGAUUAUUCGCUGGGCACGCUCCCGACUACCUUCUCAGAUCAACUACGAAACCCGCCAGAUGGUCAACAGAGUGCUUCCCCGGGCCGCCAUGUUAAACCAGGACGGAAGCGUCGCUUGGAUCGAUGCAUGGCUGCGCCCGGACAUUGAUGCUUUCAUUCCUUUCUACACCAAGUCUCCUGGUCUCGACUUCAACCAAAUGUGCUUCAAUGCAGCUUUGACUUACCCAUCCUCCCGGAACGCAUUUGUUCAUCACAUCGAAUACAUCCGUCUCCAAGGUUACGACUGGAUCACCGACGUCAAUGACGACGAUCUCGCCGCGUUCGCUACCCUUCCGAAUCUCCAGGUGAUCCAGAUGGAAGUUCGCCGCAUAAUCUACCUUUACAUGGAACAACCUGUGCACUUCGGAUUCCGCCAGAUCAACUAUGAAGCCUUUCCUUGCUUAGGUGAAUUGGUGGUGAUUUGGGGUGAGAGUUUCAUGAAGAAGUUUUCGCCCAUGCAGGACAAAGGCGUCAGGCUCUACGGUGCAAUGCAGGAUUGGCCCAAGAUUGAGAUUCGUGGCACCAAGGUCGGAAUUCUGGGCCGGAUUCUGGGAGCUAAUUGCACUUGCUGCAAGCCAGACGAGGGUGUGAGGGAGGUGAAGGUUGAAAUCACGGACGAGUGGGAAUGGGAUUGGAACCCCUCCAGGUACCUUACGAGACGUCAGAGAUAUAUCAUGGACUAUGUUGGACUGCUGUUGGACGCAGAGCAGUAA